GUUGUUAAAGAUUGCGAAUAUAAUUCUGCAAAGUAUCACUAGUCAAUCUGAUGUUGGUCAGCAAAGUCACGUUACAUAUAGAAAAUGAAUUAAGUCUGUUAUGUCCAAAAAAGUCGUCUUCUUCAUCCUUGUUUCAGAGUUACGUAAAACAAACACGGCUUCCCUUAAAUCCUCUGAGAUAACAAUUGAUUCCUAUUUAAAGUGGUGGUGAAGAGGUGUCAGUUGGAAUAAUUGGAAUGGCGAAUUUUGGAAAUAAUUGCAUAUUUUUAUUUUCAACAAUACUUUUUCAUCAAUGUCAGAGUCAGAGUCAGCUAGUCUCGUCCGUAAUUUCGAAUUUGAACCUGCCCUGUACCCAAUCGUCGCAAUGUAACAAUAAUGCCGGACUUUAUUGCAUCCCAACAACCCCACCCACCGCCCAACUUCGAUGCGGCUGCCUCACAAAUUCCACCGUCUUUGACGAGUACCAAGGUCGUUGCGUGGGUAAAGUCGGUCACCCCUGCGUGUACAGUGGCAACCAGUCAUUCUGUCCGGACAAGGCCCACUGCUCCCAUCAAGACCCUCACCACCCGGACCUCUACUUUUACGAGUCGCGAUGUUUCUGCGACGUUUCCUACUUUGGCGACAAGCAAGGCAAAUGCAUCUUGGCUGCAAAGUUUGGAGAAUCUUGUUCCGCCUCCGUGAAAAAAUGUGACGAGGUUUCCGGUCUCAAAUGCGUGGAUGGAAAGUGUGCCUGUGCCUUUGGGAAGGAUCAGCAGUAUUACGAUGGGAAAAAAGAUAAGUGUGUGUCACACAUUGGGAAAAACUGCACGGGUUUCAACUCCUGUAGUGAAAAUGCUCGAUGUGAAGGAAGCUCCGUAAACCGUGCAAUUGUUGGCGAUGGGAAUGAGAAGUUACGCGCACGGAGACAAAUUCCCCCUCCGACAGUAAUUGGACGAAGCAUACCUGGAAAUUUACCACCACCAGGGAGAUUUAUUAACCGAAAUAGUAUCAAUGUGCCUCCAAAGUCAAACAGUAACAAUGCCAAGAAGGACGUAUUCUCUGAUAUAAUUGGAGUCGGGACUUGCGUCUGUAAUUACGGAUUUACAGCUACGAAGGGUGGCAAAUGUCUGGGAAGUUAUCGACAAUCUUGUUCUCGGGUGCAGAGGUGCAAUCAUGAAGAUAACUUGGAGUGUCUAGAUGGGAGCUGCAACUGUAAAUCGCCACUUCAUCAAAAUUACGACCACCUUAUUAAAAAAUGUCUCAGCCUUGUCGGAGCAAAAUGCGACUCGGGUCGAAACUCUGCAAAUUCUUGCGUCGACAAUGCCCACUGCGUUAGUGGUUCAUGUAUCUGUAAGGAUGGCUGGGUGGCUACCCCCUUCCGCCGGUGUAUGUUGGGAUACGGAAAACCGUGUGAAAACAUGGAAUGCAAUUCUUUUAACGGGUUAACCUGCAAAAAUUCCAACUCUCCAAACAACACUGUCAAUAAUAGUAAUAGUGGAAUUAAAAGCGGAAAAAGGUGCUCGUGUGUGGAUGACUCGUUAGUUUACAAUGGCCAAAUGCAGUCUUGUGUAUCACAGCUUGGCUCACCGUGUGGGAAAAUUGGUCAGGAAAAUUACGGCAAGGAAUCCUUCUACGUUGCUUGUGAACCUCCUGCAAUUUGUCGAGAGGAGCCGGGCGGGGAUAAGAGCAGUCGGUUUUGUCGUCUGCCCAACUAAAUGGCGAGAAAAAUAAUGUUAUUUUAUUUAAUUGUAUGGUGUACGUACUACUGUUUACUACUGUUUACUACCACUUAAUGAAACGGGUCUUAUUAUUACAAUAAAGAAAUGCACGAGUCAUACUUAAACAAA